UGGAAAACCUCGACUUGACACAGUCUCCUCCUAGACCUGACACCACCGGCCUCACCACCGCCAUGCCCACCCCAUGCUCGAUUUGCUUGACAGCCCGUGCGCUCGUCAAGCGCCCAAAGACGGGCCAGCAGGUGUGCAAGCAGUGCUUCUUUGAGGUGUUUGAGGAGGAAGUGCACAUGACGAUUACAACGGGCGCUCUCGGCGGCGGCAGCAUCUUUGAGCGCGGCGAGCGCGUCGCUAUCGGCGCCAGUGGGGGUAAAGACUCUACUGUCCUCGCGCACGUCCUCACGAUCUUGAACCGGCGGUACGACUAUGGGCUGGACCUGCACCUCCUCUCCAUCGACGAGGGGAUCAAAGGGUACCGAGAUGAUUCGCUCGAGACGGUCAAGCAGAACCAGGCAGAGUACGGCCUGCCGCUCAAGAUCCUGUCGUACGACGAGCUGUACGGGUGGACAAUGGACCGCGUCGUCGAGCAAGUCGGGCGCAAGAACAACUGUACCUUCUGCGGCGUCUUCCGGCGGCAGGCGCUCGACCGCGGCGCGGCCGACCUUGCAGUGGACCACAUCGUGACCGGCCACAACGCGGACGACAUUGCCGAGACGGUGCUCAUGAACAUCCUCCGCGGCGACGUCGCGCGCCUGCAGCGCUGUACGGCCGUCACGACGUGCUCGGAAGACACGAUCAAGCGCUCCAAGCCCUUCAAGUACGCGUACGAGAAGGAAAUUGUCAUGUACGCGUACUUCAAGAAGCUCACAUACUUCUCCACCGAGUGCAUCUACUCGCCUGAUGCGUACCGUGGCCAUGCGCGCGUCUUCCUCAAGGACCUCGAGGCGGUGCGGCCGAGCGCCAUCGUGGACAUUAUCCGAUCUGGCGAGAGCUUUGUGCUCGACCAGAAGACGCAGAAGAGCAUGAAGGCGAUGCAGACGUGCAAGCGCUGUGGAUACAUUGCGAGCAACGAUCUCUGCAAAGCAUGUGCCCUUCUUCAGGGCCUCGAGGCGGGCCUCAACUCUGCCCAGCGUACGCGCCAGCUCGACACUACGCUGCCUGAGGGCCAGCGCACCAUUCCCAAGUUUGAGCGCAAGCUGCGCGUCGCGGAGAGCACCAACGGCGUCGAGGGCGUCGAGCGGGCCGUCAAGUCCAUUGCCAUUGAGUAAGCACACGUAGCUUGAGACGACAUAUACCCUGCACACCGAUACCAAUGCAUGAUAUACAACGAG